AUGGAUGAUGUUGAAGCUGGAGAAUUAUGGGGUUUCUUUGGUGGAUUUUCUCCAGUUCCAAAGAAAACAACUACAAAUGUGCUCAAAGUACUCAUGCUUAUCCUACUCAACUACUUUGGGAAAGCAAUACCUGUAGCUGAUGAUUCAUUGACAAAGAAGUUACUAGACACACACCAUUGUUAUCUUCUAGAUUGUGGAACAGAAAUUUAUGUGUGGGUUGGAAGAAGUACUAAUCUUGAAGAAAGAAAAGCUGCAAAUCGAGCUGCAGAAGUUAACACAAUGUUCCAUUUGGAUCAACCUAUGUAUCUUCUUGGGUUUCUUGCUAACCAGAGCAGGGUUUAUCUCAUUAACAAAGAAUUCAAUGUUGCUCAUUUUCUGGAGUCAUGGGGCAAGGUUGAAGAGGCCUUGGAAGUUACUACAGACCCUGAUUAUAGAUUUGAGUUGGUUAUUCAGCUUGGUAAACUUGACAUUGCCAAGGUUCCACUUCAAGUUUUUGUUCGAAGACAAAUAGCUCGGUUGUUGGAUCAUUGUCUUCAAUGUGCUAGACUUGUAUACAAUGAAUUAGUAAAGAUCACCCAUAGUUGUCUAGUGCAUGAACUACAAUGGUUUCCUGUUCUUAAGAUGCACAUUAAUGACAUUGCUGGGAGUUUUUUGUUUGAAGGUCUUCAACCUUCACAAACAAUGAUUGGACACUUACUAGAAAUGGAGGUUACUUCAGUAAAAACUUGUAGUUGGUAUUCACCAUUGACUAUUGAUUGA